AGCUUUUCAUGUGCUUGUUCUCCUACGUUCUAUUGACGAUAGCGAACAAAACUGAUCACGGUAACUCCAUGACCAAGAUUGACCUAUACAUCGGUGGCUUGUUUGGUGUCAACGUCAAAAAUGGCGGUUGGAGUACAGCUGGGGUCAUUCCAGCUUUGGAGAUGGCGUUAGAACAUGUGAACAGCGAUCCUGGCAUAUUGGUGAACUAUCAGUUGAAAUACGUGUGGAAUGAUUCCAGGUGCGAAAGUGGCGCCGGAAUUCGAGCGAUGCUGGGGUUAAUUAACACACAGCCUCACAAGAUUGUAUUCUUGGGUCCCGGAUGUUCGUUAGCGACCGAACCUAUUGCAGAGGCCGCGCUGUAUUGGCAAGCAGUGCAGAUUGGUUACAGCGCAUCAUCACCUCAGUUUUCAAACAAAGAGAAGUAUCCUUUAUACUUCAGAACCGCCACUUCUGAAACAAUGGAAAACCCAGCUAGAGUCGCGCUGUUAAAACAUUUUAAGUGGAAAAGAGUCGCCCUCAUUGUGGAAAACUUCGAUAUUUUUGCUACAACAAAAGAACAUCUCAUUCCCAUGUUAGAGGAAUCAAACAUCACCGUUAUUGCGGCAGAAACAUUCAUAGAGGACCCGUCUUCAUCAGUCAAAAAUUUACUGAAGGGGAAAGAUGCCAGAAUAAUCAUUGGAUUGAUGUACGAGGACAUGUUUAAAAAGGCUAUGUGCACUGCUUACAAGCAAGGGCUCUUUGGAAACAAGUAUGUUUGGAUAAUAGUUGGAUGGUACUUGGAGGACUGGUGGACAAAAACAGAUGAAGAGUGUACAGGAGAGAAUUUGCUUAAAGCUGCUAGUAACUUGAUAUUAACGUCUCCAUUACGUCUCAGUAAUUCACCACAACCCACAAUAUCGAAUAAGACAGCACAACAGCUCAAUUCAACUUACGAGGAAAGAUGUCGGCAUUCCAAUUUUACCUCUCAUGAGUACGCAAGUUUCACUUAUGACGCCGUAUGGACCAUCGCUCUUAUGUUGGACAAAUCCAUACCCCUACUUGGGGAAAAGAACAAAACUUUUGAAACCAUCAAAUACGGUGAUAAAGAAACAGCUGAGAUCAUGAAAGAUAUUCUGUUCCGGACAAACUUCACGGGAAUGUCGGGUCACGUGUCGUUUGAUCGAUAUGGAGACAGGCAAACAGUUGUGCUAAUUACUCAGAAGACAGGAGACAGUAAGAGAUUGGUCGCUACAAUGGAUGUGCGUGAUGGGAAACUGAAACUAUAUGGUGAUGGUUUUGAAUGGGCAGGUGGUCGUGUUCCAGUAGAUGGUGUAAAAAUCACUCAAAAGAUUUAUCAUGAGGGUAUAAAGACGACUGUUUCGUUCUACGUUUUGGCCUCAUCCGGUAUACUGCUUUGUUUGUUCUGUCUGCUGUUCAACUUCAAAUAUAGAAAUCACAGUUUUAUAAGAAUGUCAUCUCCGAAUUUCAACAACAUUACUGUCAUUGGAUGUAUGUUGGCUUACUUGGAAGUAUUUUUAUCGGCCCACGGUAGUUCUGGUUCAGCGGAACACUUGAACCAUGCUUUCCUUUGCAAUGUUACUGCCUGGCUUCUGACCACCAGUUUUACCUUCGCCUUUGGUGGCAUUUUUGUUAAAACCUGGAGAGUUUACAAAAUAUUUACCAACUAUCAAUUGAAAAAGGAGAUCCGCAAUUUGAGUAGUACUAGUCUUCUCGCAGUACUGAUGGCCGGUUGGUUUAUAGACGUCAUCUUCCUGUCAACUUGGACAUCUAUUGACCCAUUGACGACGAAAUUCGUGAACAUUUUCAAAACGGUUGACAAUAAUGACCCUGACCUCGUGGAGGAACUGUUAACCCGUCAGUGUACUUCUCACCAUUAUAAUACCUGGGUGAUGUCUUUGUGCGGACUGAAAGGGAUACUGUUAAUUUUCGGGGUGUUUUUGGCCUGGGAAACCAGAAACGUGCAUUAUCCUUCGCUCAACGAUUCGAAGAGCAUUGGCUUAGCAGUGUACAACAUGUUCAUGUUUUCUUGCUUGGCGAUUGUGGUUGGGUUUGUGGUUUAUCCUCCCCUUGAGACUCUGGUUCAAAGAUCGAUCGUGUUCGUGGCAGCCACGUCGACAGUUGCCCUACUCUUUAUCCCAAAGGUAAAGGUUUACAUGGCCCCCUCUGCGUCUGCAUAAGUCUCACGUGACUGAACAAGUCAUGUAACUGAUAACUUGUAAUAGACAAUAUAGAUAUGAUUCAGUGAAAUGUAUGAGAUUCACAAAUUUUUGACACCGCUGAUAGUAAGAUACAAGAUGUCAUAGUUACUGAUAUGUUAAAGAAAUGGACACGAGCUUAAAAGAAGAAGUCUUAAGGCGGCAAGCUUCGCCCUCUAAAAGAUUGUCUCAGUGGGGUUAACCGAUAGCCGUAAGACAGCCAAAAAAUUUAGACGUUAGGCGUAAAAACUGUUAAAUUAAGUCGUGAGAAAAGUUAAUCAAAAAUGAAAUUCUGGUGACCACAAUGGACAGAUACCAUUAAAAAAUGCACUGGGCUCAAUUUUGAAAAUGCCAUCAAUUUUACCCGCGCUUUUUUCAUUUUCACCUUGUGAUCUUAAAAGCCACGAGCAUUUUCUCCUAACUGACCAAGUCUUUUUCUAACACAUUGGUUCAUGAGUGGGCCCAGCAUCGUUCAUCGAGCUAUGAAGCGCAUGGGAAUUUAGAGAACACGACAAAUCCAUUCGAGGCGCAGCCGACAGGAACUUGAGCUCCUCGAGGCAUUUUAAAGAUGGUUCAUCAGAGAGUUCCCUCUUUUGAGAUCCAUGAAAACAGCCCUAUCAAAUAGAAGUCUUUUUAAGUAAUGAGUAAUCGAGCUUCAUUUUCAUAAGGCUUUUAGAGAUCGAAAGAAAAAGACAGGAUAAUGUUGUAAUUACUUCAUAAAGGUGCUGAACACGAUACCUUGAUUUUGCUUAAAGGAGAUUUAUUAAUUCACUAAGUGAGUCGAUGUGGAGUCCUUUUCUCAACACCAAUGGGGUUCUAACUUAAUAAUACAAAAAUUAAAAAGUGUUCAUAUAAUUAAUUCAAACAAUCACAAAGCCCUUUUCACUCGUAACCACUAGACGUGGUCAGCUUGUU